AUGGGGCGCCCAGUGAUGCUGACAUUAGAGGACAAAGACAUGAAGGGGUUCACCUGGGCUAUAGCCCCUGCCUUGACCUCCCUGGGCUACCUGCUUAUACUGCUGGUCUCCAUCUUCCCCUUCUGGGUUCGUCUGGUGAAUGAGGAGUCCCAGGAAGUGUUUUUCAGUGGCCUCUUUGAGAACUGCUUCCAUAUCAAGUGCUGGAAGCCACGACCCUUACCCGUUUACAUCAUCGUGGGCCGUGUUUUCCUGCUGUCCGCCGUCAUCUUGUCUUUCCUCACCACUGUCGUCAUGGUGUCCUUUGCAUCUCGGCUCUUUCCGAGGACCCGGAAGCACAAUCUUGUGUCAGCCUUCAUCAGCUUCCUCACAGGGGCCUGUGCCUUCCUGGCCUUGUUGCUGCAUGCCCUGGAGAUCCGGAGUCUACGGAUGAAGCCCAGCCCCCCGCAGUUCUCCGUGCAGUGGCCUUACUACGUCCUGGGCUUUAGCAUCCUUCUGUUCCUAGUGGCUGGUGCCAUCUGCCUCGUUCAAGAAACAGCCUGCCUUAGCUGUCAUUUGUUGCCCAUUUCCCAGAGUACUGAGGAGACCCAAGAGAUCUCGCACCUGGAAAACGUGGAGAGUUUGGGAGGAGAACUGAGCUCCAUACAGAGGGAGACGCUGCUGAAGGAGGAAACAGUUAUCUAG